CUCGAUUCGGCGACAUGUAGCUUAAUUUCACCACGAGGUAGCACGGACUAUCCUCCUCACAGCCUGGAAGAUCGCAAUGCUACUGAGCCCUUUGACGAUAAAACCGGUGCAAUGCCUCUUUUCUUCCGACUUCGAGCUGACGCUCUGUGCGUACUACUAAUCAAGAAAGAUGGGUCAUCUCCGGGCCACCGCUGUUGUCCUUGGACUCAGCGUUCUCACCAAUGUUGUUGAUGCAGUCAAGGUCAAUCCUCUGCCAGCACCACAAUCAAUUACAUGGGGAUCGUCUGGACCAAUAUCAGUCGGCGCAAACUUGACGUUGAAUUCACAAUGUGGAGAAAUUGUCACUGAUGCGUGGAGCCGAUCCUGGAACACCAUCAGCACCUUGAAAUGGGUCCCAGCAGCAGUGGAAGCAUCCAUCGCCAAGUUCGAAGCCUUUCCUACCGAGACACCAUCAUCUUACAAGUCCAAACGGGCAAAUUCUAGCCUCACUCAGGUUGAGGUCAACAUAGCCAACUGCGAUGCAGAUUUGCAGCAAGGUGUUGAUGAGUCGUACACUCUGGCAAUUGGGCAGUCCUCGCCGUCGGUCAACAUCACCUCAAAGACCGUGUGGGGAGCGCUCCAUGCAUUCACUACUCUUCAACAAAUCAUCAUUUCAAAUGGAAAUGGAGGUCUCAUGGUUGAGCAACCCGUCUCGAUCACAGACCAUCCCAACUACCCAUAUCGAGGCGCAAUGAUUGACACAGGCCGGAAUUUCAUCAGUCUGCCCAAGAUUCGUGAACAGAUCGACGGGUUGGCACUGUCAAAGAUGAACGUGCUUCACUGGCACAUGGCUGACGCGCAGUCUUGGCCCGUCCAGAUGCAAGUGUACCCGAAAAUGACUGAGGGAGCGUAUUCUCCACAAGACACCUUCUCUCACAAUGAUAUCCGUGGCCUUGUUUCCUACGCCCGGGCUCGCGGAGUUCGUAUCAUUCCCGAGAUUGACAUGCCCGGACAUGCAUCCCAAGGCUGGUCGUCGGUUGAUCCGAGCAUUGUGGCUUGCGCCGGGUCUUGGUGGUCGAAUGAUGACUAUGCUUUACAUACCGCCCUGGAGCCUAACCCCGGACAACUCGACAUCUUGAACAACAAGACUUAUGAGGUCGUCAAGAAUGUCUUUGGCGAACUUGCCGGCUUGUUUGGUGAGAGUAUCUUCCACAUUGGUGGUGACGAGCUCCAAACAGGCUGUUACAACUUUAGUACAGCCGUGCAACAAUACUUUGCUCACAACAAAUCCAGAACAUACAAUGAUCUGGUCCAAAUUUGGGUCGACAAAGCCAUCCCCACGUUCAGAUCAGCUGCGAAUAAGACGUUGAUGAUGUGGGAGGACAUUUUGAAUGCAACGCCCCAUGCUCACACUGUUCCGAAGAAUAUUAUUCUCCAAACCUGGAAUAAUGGUCUAGAAAACAUCCAGAAUUUGACCGCCAGAGGGUACGACAUUGUGGUGUCUUCAUCCGACUUUUUCUACCUUGAUUGUGGCUAUGGAGGAUGGGUUAGCAAUGAUCCCCGAUACAACGAGAUGGUAAACCCCAACGCUUCCGUCCCGACAUUCAACUACCUUGGAAAUGGAGGAUCGUGGUGCGCACCUUACAAGACCUGGCAACGAAUCUACGACUACGACUUUACCUUGAACUUGACAGCCCAGCAAAAAACCCACGUUCUCGGGACUGAAGUUCCCCUCUGGUCUGAACAGGUCGACGAUACCGUUGUGUCGACCAAGAUGUGGCCUCGGGCUGCUGCGAUGGCUGAACUUGCGUGGUCAGGAAACAAAGAUCCCAAGACUGGCAUCAAACGGACGACGGAAAUGACACAACGAAUCUUGAACUUCCGGGAAUACCUGGUGGCCAAUGGGAUACAAGCUGCACCGUUGAUGCCCAAGUACUGUUUGCAGCAUCCUCAUGCAUGCGACCUCUACUAUAACCAGACGGCUCUGUCGGAGUACUCGACCGCUCAGUGAUUCAUGUUAGAGGAGCGAUUUCAAGUAGUAGUAAUAACAUACACUUGGCACUGGCUGUACGCACGGCAGAGAUUGAUUAGGGGAAGAGAG